CUGUUUACGCCUUCCGCCUCCACUGAAUUCAGACAAACCCAAGUCCUUGUUUACAUUCACAUUUGAGGUAUUUAACCAUAUGUGCGAUUAAUUACACAUUUCCUACAUUUUGAUAUCACAUUAUUCACAUAUUGUUCAACGGGUAACCCACGCAUACGAAGCUACGAGUUGCGAAAAAGUCAUGUAAGCAGUCUGUCAGAUAUUAAACGUCUAAACGACAUUUUACAUUCAUGGACGUUAAGAUUGUGUCACGACAACCGCCAGCUGCACCUGCUCACUGCGCAGUUAAGGAACUUGCCACUGUUACAGAUUACCAUAUAAACACACCCUUGUGAAUGAUUGGUGGGGAGGUUUUAGCGCGUCGUGCCGUAGCCAAUCAGAGGAUUGUUUUUCUGUCACGUCGGUGCACGGAUAGUAAGCUAACGGAUAAUGCAAAAUAAACUAAAAUAAAGAACGCGGUUUGUCUAUAAAGGCGGUAUAGCACGGGGAGGUUUGAUUAUCUGGACCGAGUUUUUCUUGUUGGACUUUUAUUUGUGGAAAUGUGCGGCAGCCAUCACUGCAAGGACACACGAACUGGGUAACGUGAGCUAACUAAAGUUAGCAUUAGCCUUCUAAUUUUUUAACGUUCCGCAAGGCCGCGGACAAAUACAACAGCUCCUUCCUGUUCUAGCCUCAUUGAGAAUGUAGGUUACGUUAGGAUUGGAGUUACAAAAUCACAGCUUGUGUCUAAGUAGCUAACGCAGUGGUGUAAUCGAUUGCAUUUAAGUUUGUUUCAGUUGAGCUCGCGGGCAACCUAGCUUGCUAGGUAUUUGGCUAGCUAGCUAGCAUGAGUGAACUGACGGACUGCCAGCAGUCCGCUGACUCUGCACCGAGGAAACGAUGUCUAUCGUCCGAUCGCGAUGAAAGCAGCACGAUUCCCAGCAAGUCCACCAAAGUAAGUGACGCACCAACUGAAGCGGGGGUUACUUCUGGAAGUUGCAAAAACAGUGAAGCCGCGAGUAAAGAAAUUUCUGGGAGCGAGGGCCAAACUAAAGAUAGAGAGAAGGAACCAACUGCUGUGCAAGCGGAUCAGGGUUCAGACCGCACGGAUGGCACCAGUGCGCAGCCUGCAAACAACUUCAAAGCAGACCGUCACGAUGCCAGCAAUACUGAAAAAACACAGUCCUCAGAUGCACAGGGAUCUGCUGACUCAAAGGAAGAGAAAACUGUAGGAACAAAGCUGCGUCCCGCAGCUCCUGUGGACCAAUCCGACUCAGCAGCCAUAGCAGCUGCUGAAGCACUUGCCAGUCUCACAGGAGGAGACGGGGAAGACAGUCAAGAGACUCCUUGCUCAUCUGAAAAGGCUAAACAGGUGAAACAGGGGAGCAAAUUCAAACAACGUGGGGCCCACCAGUCCUCAAGAGCAGGCUCUAAAACGCAGGCAGCUGCUGCAGAUAGCUCCACAUCUGUGCAUAGUACUGACAGAGAAGAUGCAGAUGAUGUGCCAGAUGCAGAUGAAGGCGAUGAAUCCAUGUCUGGGUCAUCCUCCACUCCAAGCUCCUCUUUCCCAUCAGACAAUGAGGACAAUGAUGAUGGCGAGUGUGCCAUUGUGUCGGUUAAGAUGGCCCCGGAGAUGAGGCAGUCAGUGGCCCUCUUGGCGCAGGUGCAGAUGAGACUGGAAGCUCUUGAGAAGAAAAGUGCCCGGCUUCACCAACGGCUGGAGCUGAAAAUUAGUCGUCAGCGGCGCCCACAUCUGGAUCAGCGCAGCUCCAUUGCAAAAACUAUCCCUGGCUUCUGGGUGACAGCUCUGUUGAACCAUCCUCAUCUCUCAGCUCACAUUGAUGAGACUGAUGAAGAUGCUCUUAGUUACAUGACUGACCUUGAGAUCGAGUCUUUCAAGAAUAAUAAACUAGGCUACAGGAUCCGUUUCCACUUCAGACGGAACCCGUACUUCCAGAACAACAUCAUCAUGAAGGAGCUGCACCUCGGGAUGGGAGGAUCUCCCAUGUCAUUCUCCAACCCCAUCCUGUGGCAUCGUGGACAGAACCUGACGGCCCACAGCGAACCCAGGAAGUCGUCACGUGGGGUUUAUCAGACCUUCUUUAGCUGGUUCAGUGACCAUAGCAACCCAGGACAAGAUGAUGUAGCACAGAUACUGAAGGACGACCUGUACAGAGACCCUUUGAGAUACUACCUCACUCCACUUUGGGAGCCGAGGGAGAACGGCAGUGGUGGCAGUGGGGCCAGGGCAGCUGACAACGGUAAUGGAGAUGAGUGUGUGGUGAUAUCCGACUCAGAUGAUGAGCCUGGUGAGGAAGCUGGUGAGGCUGAACACGGCCACAGUAGGGAGGACGAAGAGGAGGAGGAGGACGUGGAGGAGGAGGAGGAAGAAGAAGAGGGAGAAGAAGAAGAAGAGGAGGAAGAGAGGGGACCAAGUGCUGAUGAGAGCCCAGAGGAGAAGGAUGAUGGUGGAGAAAUUGUGAUUGACGGCUCUGAUGACAGCGAGCAGGAAGAGGAGGAGGCCUGAAAAGAAGUGAAGAAGAAGAAGAAGAGGAGGAGGGAUAUAUCGAUGAAGAGGGCGAGUCAUCGAGGGACCAGAGACGUGGACGAUGGAGAGGAUGCCUAGGUUGGCGACGAGUACCAGAGCAAUUUAUUGUCGUUUUUAUGCACAGAAUAUCAGUUUUUGUUGUUUUAUACCUAAAAUACAUAGAAACAUCUAAAAAUCAGGGUUAACUAUAAUAACAAAGCCAAGGCAGCAUGUUUUCCCCUCUGUUUUAUACAGUCUGUACUGUGUAUUCUGAUGCACUCUGAUUCACUUUUUUGCAAAAUGUUUUUUUCUAAACUGGUUCUUAGGCAUAUUAUGCCAGUCAGUUCAUACAAGUCGCGUUCUUCUAUUUAACGAGGAACAUCGCGCGGCAGCCUACGCGCAUGUCGGUGAGAUUUCGAACGCCGCUACUUGACGGCAUGAAAUUCAGCAUUGCAAAUUCUUCAGACGUACGAUGCAGAAACCUUCAGUGGCAUUAUUAGUGGUCAUUUCAAGGCAAAGUUUUGGCUGUUUUUAGAAUCGACGUGGCAAAACAUGUCGCCGAGCGUGUCACAAGUUAAAUUGAUAUCAUGACAGUACCUUUACUAGUAACGAGUACUGAACCAAAAUUUGUUCUCAGGGAUGAUCAUGGUGGUAGUUUUAUUGAAAGAUCAUUAGUGAUUUUCAGACAUUUACACUCUCUGGUUAGUGUUGGCUAUGUAUAAGGAAACGUGUACUCUACUGUAGUAAAUAGGAACAAAAUUUGUUUAAAUAUGCUACCUGUGUUUCUCCUUCUUCAUCUCUGUUGUCUUGUUACACACCAACGUCCACCCCUGUUACCAAUCUGUCCACCAUCUCUAAUGUUUGACAUAGUUUGACCAAUGUUUUCUUUAGAUUUAACUUAAUUUGAACUUGCUUUCUGAAACACUCAAGAGUUGUUGUCGUGUAAUGUGUUUUUACGUUCUCUUCUUUUUGAAAGCUGGUAUUUAUUACACUGUUUUUUUCUACAUGUCCACAUUAUGGCAUGCCUGUGAGCAUGAAAUGUAAGACAGAACAGUUACAUUAACUUACAAGGCUUUUUCUGUGCACAGUGUCAGUAAAUGUUAAAUUCACAGCAACAUUAUGGGGUGCACUGUAACAAAAUUAGUAUUUGUAUUUGCUUACUUUUCUUAGCAAUGACCUGUAAAUAAUAUUUCAGCGUUGUCUUUUGGAUGAGAGAAAUACACGUGUUUAAUCCAUGGAUAAAUUUAUCAAAUAAUCUGGAGUUUUUUCAUAAACAUGAUCAGAAAGUUAUAUUUUGUGUGCUGUGUUUUAUAGGAUACUGUAGUUUAAAGAUACUUGUUUGUUGCUUUGGUUGAUUUUGUUUGCUUAAAGGUAAAUGUCCACCUUUUGACUCAGACCUAAUAAAAUAGGCAGUUGUUUCA